ACUUGCAAUCCCAAUCCUCUUGGUAAUAUUAUAUGGCGGCUUGAAGCUGGACUUUGCAUGCUUGAUUCCGUCAGCAACCCGAUGCAAUGUUCGUAUCAUGAAUAGACUGAGAGAAAGACGUAAAAAGCGGCCCGACUCGGCAAACCUUUUUCUCCUCGAUUAUCAUGUCCUCGUUCAAACGAAAAUCGACCUCAAAAACAGAGAUACUACCUGGAACUCGAACUUCCCCUGGCUCAAUCACCAAUAUCAUCACAUCUACUGGUGUCCCUUCUUUGGACGACAUUCUUGGAGGUGGACUGCCUCUGUCAUGUUCACUGGUUGUCGCUGCACCAGAUCCACAUUCAUCGUACGGAGAGCUGGUACAAAAGACCUUUGUUUCUCAAGGUCUGGCGUGUACGCAAGAUGUCCUUGUCGUGGGUAGUAAUCAAGAUGCAUUGGAGUGGGUCAAGGGUUGUAUGUGGUUCCAUAACUCCGUAUCCUCUAAUUCUUCUUUGGAAGAGGGUAAUGAGGGUCAGGAGCCAGAAAAUGCAGAGCAGAAAAUCAAAAUUGCCUGGAGAUACGAACAAAUGAAACAGUUCCAGACUACAGUCGGAUCGGCAUCAGUUUCUGAAGACUUUUGUCGCACGUUUGAUCUCACAACUCGUAUACCUUCUUCUACAAUUGAAAAAGCCCUGCAAGACGGACGGCUUAUCACUUGUGACGUGCUCGAUAUUUUCGACUCGAUUCCAUCGUCAGGACCUAUUCCAGCGAUACACAAGAUCAUUGCUCGUAUCGAGGAGAUUCUGUCGCAGCGUUCUUCGAAACCAAACACACCAUUGAGGAUUUGUAUACCAGGACUUGGUAAUCAUAUAUGGGACGAGCUGCGCAGUCAAGAUGUAUUGCGAUUCUUUCAUCAGUUACGCUCGCUCCUUCGACGAAAUCCUUUAGCCUGUGCAUCCAUCAGUCUUGACCCUCGUAUCUCGACGGAGGCAUGGGGUGGUCCGGGCUGGAUACAAAAACUCGGGUGGAUGUGUGACGGUUUAAUCACACUGGAUGCAUUUACUACCAAUCCCUCUCUUUCAUCGCUCUUCCCUUCCCACCACGGCAUGGUGUAUAUCCACACACUUCCUUCCCCACACACACUCCUGUCUCCAAGUGAUCGGUUUUCAACUUUACGCGGUCUCUCCGCUUCUGUUUCCGAAGGUGGAAAUAGCAGUGGAGAAAAUAACCUCGCGUUCAAAUGUACGAGGAAACGAUUAAUCUUUGAGACUAUGCAUCUAGAUGUCGAGGGUGGAGUAGGAGAACGAAGGAUCACACCGGCACCUGUCACCAACGUCAUUGAUAACAGCGCUCGUGUAACUACUGUUGUACCGGUGUCCGAAACAUCACUUGCUUCUGUCAAAAUCGAAGUCGAGCUGGAGCCCGUGGCUGAAGUCAAAGCUGCCCGUAUCUCGAGCGAGACUGCAUUUGACAAUAACGGAGGUAGCGUCGUCGAAGAAGCUCAGGAACGGAAGCAGCGACUGAAGAAACCUAAAAAGACAGUAGCCUUUUUUUCGGAUCGACCAGAUCUAUAUGACUUUUGACGCCUUAUCAGCGUUUUUGCUAUAGUGAAUCACAAUCUAGAUUCUAAACCAGUCUCUCACCCCAUGUACCACUUCCUAUCAAUGUGGAUUGCAGCCGAGCAACAUUUCUGUUCAUUCAUACAGUGGCUAUGGUUGCAAUGACCAUCAUUAUUCGAAAUGAGUAUCAUUAAACAAAAGCUGAAGUCGAGCUCCCUCUAUUCUAGCCUCAACUAUUUUCUGGUAAUAAACUCGAGUUUCCAAAACAAAAUAUUCAGAAUACGUGCCUGACACUGAAACUUCACGCGUCAUAAUAAUGUACUAUCUCGGUAUUCU